AUGGAGCUCGCGACCAAUGAGAUGGAAGCUGAUGCCUGCUGGGACCGCCACUCCCUGACCACGCUCUCUUUCCUAUGCAGACAGCGCAGUGACCAGACGUACAACCAGAGAAUUCAUUUGUGCACGAGCUGGCAGUGUCUGGUUCUCCAAGCUGGAUGCGAACUCAGGCAAGUGAACAUCGCGGAGCAGGACCGGAAGAAGACGGCGUUUGUCAUCAAGUACGGUCUUUUCGAACAUGUCAAGAUGGGAUUCGGACUCUGCAAUGCCCCCGCGACCUAUUCCCGGGUUAUGAACCUGGUACUUCGAGGUCUCAAUUGGGAGACCAUGCUGGCUUUUCUCGAUGAUGUCGUCGUCCUAGGUAGCUCCUUUGCCAACAAUCUGGCCAAUAUAAGGGAAGCCCUGGAAAGGUUCCGGCGGCACGGGUUGAGGCUAAAGGCCAAGAAGUGCGUCCUUUUCCAGCAGCAGGUGGAGUUCUUGGGCCGCCUGGUGAGCAGCAACGAGAUCGCCAUGACUGAUACCGAUAUCAAAGUAGUUGUAGACUGGCCUGUGCACAGGAGCUCCAAAGAUGUUGAGCGGUUUACUGGUCUGGCAAAUUAUCAUAGAGUGUUCAUUAAGAACUACUCGGACAUAGCGGCACCAUUGUAUCGAGUCACGGGCAAGAACAACUUCAGAUGGGAAGGUGAACAGCAGGAGGCGUUUGACGCAUUAAAGGCGGCGUUAACGUCUCCCCCGGUGCUGGGCCUUCCAAACCAGAUUGAUGACUUUAUCCUAGAUACAGACGCGUCGGACGUCGCAAUAGGCGCAGAGUUGAUACAGCUUCAGCACGGUGAAGAACGGGUGACAGCCUACGGUAGCUUCGCCCUUACCAAAGAGCAGAGGCGGUAUUGUACCACCAGAAAAGAGCUUCUGGCAGUAGUACGGUUCACGCGUCAAUUCCGACAUUACUUGUUAGGCAGACCUUUCGUUAUCAGGACUGACCACUCAAGUUUAACAUGGCUGUUGCGUUUUAAGGAGCCUCAGGGGCAGCUGGCGAGAUGGAUGGAAGAACUGUCUCAGUUUAACAUGGUGCUGCAACACAGGGCAGGCCGGAAGCAUGCGAAUGCGGAUGCUCUCUCUCGUAUACCGGAAGGGGAGUGGUUCGAUGCGGGAUCAUGCGAGAUCCGGUCCGGAGAUUUGCCAUGUGGGGGAUGCAAGCACUGCCAGCGAGCAGAUCAGUGGAGCGCGUUCACUGAAGACGUCGAUGAUGCGGUUCCGUUGGCGCUACCUACAGUUCGCGACUUUGUCCGUCACAUGAGGGUGUGUACCGACAUGAGCACUGUAAGGGGCAACGAAGAUGUCCGUCACAUUGGGGUGUGCACCGACAUAAGCACUGUAAAGGGCAACGGUGAGACUGGCGGGGUCGGUUAUGCAGUUCCGUUGGCACCGCCAACAGUGCGCGAAGUCGUCCGUGACAUUGGGGUGUGCACCGACGUAAGCACUGGAGGGGGCAAUGGUGAGACUGAGGAUGUCAGUGACGAAGCAGCAGCAUCCAAGGGAGACAACAGUGGCAAGCCGGAUCCUGAGUCACAGAGGUAUUGUCCGACUUUAGAAAACUUGUUUCUUAAUUCGUGUCGGGUUGAUGUGUUAACGGUUGAUGGUGUUUUCCGGAUAUGUGCAUGUGGUCCAGAACCGGAAGUGGAGGAGCCGGCUGGGUCAAAUGAGUUUGAACCCAGCAGUUGGGGUUUCACGUGUGCCGACUUAAUAGAGGCACAACUGCAGGAUCCAGAUCUUGGUUUCAUUCUGCAGUGGUUCAACAAGGGGGUGGAACCCGGGGAAGCAGAACUGUUUGCGGCAAGCCCUGGAGCCAAGUUUUAUUGGUUAAACAAGGGGCAAUUAGCAGUGAUAGACGGGGUGUUGUAUCAAAAUACCCUCGCAUCAGAGGGAAAGCUGUUGGUAGUGCCAAGGUCGCUGAGAGAGGAGACCAUCCGGUUGCAUCAUGACAUACCUUCACCGGGUCACCAGGGUGUCAAGAGAACGAAGGAGAAGGUGAAGGAUAAAUUUGCCUGGUAUGGUUUGAGCAAGGAUGUUGCUGGGUAUGUGGCUACCUGUGAGACCUGCAACCGGAACAAGAAGUCGGAGCGGAAGGGGAAAGGUCCUAUGACUGAGUACCAGGCUGGAGCCCCAAUGGAGAGGGUCCAUUUAGAUUUUUUAGGUCCAUUGCCAAAGACGCGCCGAGGCAAUGAGUAUAUACUCAUGAUGGUGGACCAGUUCACCAAGUGGGUCGAGUGUGUCCCGUUACCAACGCAGACGGCGGAGGAGACGGCUUAUGCCGCGGUUGACCAUUUCUUCUCGAGAUUCGGUUUCCCCCUUCAGGUCUUUUCUGAUCAGGGGCGUAAUUUUGAGUCCAAGUUGUUUACAGAGUUAUGCAGGGUUCUUGAAGUUCAUAAGGCCCGUACCACACCGUAUCGUCCGUCCGCCAACGGUCAGGUAGAGCGUUACAAUCGAACGCUGAUGGACGCUGUCCGGUGUUAUAUAGGUAAACACCAGAACCAGUGGGACCAGAACCUGCAGCAGAUAGCGGGUGCAUUGCGCGCAUCCGUCAACCGUAGUACGGGUUUCACGGCCAACAGGCUGAUGUUGGGCAGAGAGGUCAACACCCCUGCAAGUCUGAUGUUUCCCCAAAAGGGGGAGCAUUUCGAAGAGGACAAUUAUGCGCAUCAGUUGGCACAAGACCUACAAUCGGCCCAUGAGUGUGCUAGGGGCAAACUCAAGGCCGCUACAAAACGCAUGAAGCGAAAUUAUGAUCUCCGAUUGCUGGAGCGCACCUACGAGGUGGGCGAUGCCGUCAUGGACACUAGCUUUGAGAUGGAUGAGAUUCUGCUUUUAAAUGAUGUGGAUGGGUUGGGCCCUCGAUCUAACCCAAGUUGGGCGGCACAGAUGGACGACGAAGACAGGGCGGAACAGGAGGUUGUCGAGAUGGACACUAGCGAGAUCGUCCCGAUCGCAGCCCUAGAUGAGUCGUCUAGCUACGGGGACUCUGAGUUGUCCAGUUUUCAGAGAACGUCAGAGGAAUCGUCUAGCUACGGGAACUCUGUCGGCAUAGCCCUUACAUAG